AUGUUGACAGAAGAAGGCUUUUUUUAUAUUACCAACAUUGGCCUGUCUCAGGACGAGAUUGAUCUUCAAUUUGCCAUUGCAAAGGCAUUUUUUGAACUACCCGAAGAAGAAAGACUGAGACACCGUGCUCCCCUAGAAGAGGGUAACUAUAAUGGGUACCGUCCAUUGGGAACACUAAGUCUUUUUCCUGGGAUGCAAGACACGCUGGAAUUCUACAGCAUUUUCAAAUUUAUUCCCCAGAGCGAGCGAUCACACCCAGACCUGAUCAAACAAUACUCCGUGGAGAUUGAGAGAUUCUCCCGCUUUAUGCACGAGGAUGUGUCUUACAAGGUCCUCCGAAUACUAGCGACCAUGCUCGAGCUACCGGAAGACCAGUUGGUGGACGGUAACCGCUACGAAGAUGAAUGCGAUAGCUCUAUCCGGUAUAUGCUAUACCAUACUCGGUCACAAGAAGAAAACAAGAGAUUUGACGAUAUGUACUUCCGUGGACACACGGACAAGGGGACCAUGACGUUCCUAUUUCAGCAACCAAUAGCAGCACUACAAGUACAACAGGCAAAAGAUGCAAAGUGGGAAUAUCUAAGGAUCCCAGCUGGAUCUGUCGCUGUCAACAUCGCCGAUACGCUUCAGUUCCUCACAAAUGGGUAUCUGAAAAGUGGGUUUCAUCGGGUUAUCGCGCCACCGAAGGAUCAGGUGCACCUUGAUCGAUUGGGCUUGCUGUAUUUCGUGCGGCCGACUGACAAGUUGCGAUGGAAGGCCUUGGAUAGUCCUUUUUUGCGGAAGGAAGGUUAUGGCAAAACCACAACCGAGAAUGACCAGGAUAUUUCUGGGCUGGAUUGGUGGAGAGCUGGGGUCAAAGUUCGUAAGGGAGCAAGUUACAUUGGUUCUGCAGCUAGCACAAUCUAA